AUGGCUACUAGAGCUAUUGCUUUAUUGAGUGAAACACUCCUGGGAAUCCCCAAAGCUUCAUCCUUAUCUCCUUUAAUCUUUUCCAAAAAUCAGAACAUUGAGAAUGGGCACCACAGUGACAACUCAAACCACUCUGACACCAACCCAAAGGAGGGCUCUAAGGCCUGGAAAACGGUCUGGGACUUCAAGACUGGCUACGUUGCAACUAAAGUGUUUUCAAAGAACACCUGCAUCAUUGCUUCAACGAACAGGAGGUUUUGGCUUGGCAAACGGUUUCCUACACCACCUCAAGGAGACACGCCUCACCCACUGCCACCCAGAGAGAAUCGCUUCAUCAUCUCGAGGAACAGACUUCAGAGCUUGAGUCCUUAUGGAAAACGCAUCCAAGCUUUGUGCAGAGGAAUUCCCUCUUACCUGGCUUACCCAGCUCCUGGAUCAAACUUCUUAAGAGGAUCAAACUUCUCAGGAUCAAACUUCUUAGAACGACAUGUUUCAUGA